GAGGCGCGCGGCGACGGGGCUGCGGAGGCGGUGGAGCGCCGGCUUCUGAAGCUGGAAGGCCGUGGCGAGGCCGCGGUGGAGGACUGCCGCCGCCAGCUGGAGCGGGUGGCGGCCGACCUGCGCGCGGAGGCGCUGGGCCGGGGCGCGGCGGCGCCCCGGCAGCAGCUGCAGGAGACCAGGCUUUCCUGGAGGCUGGUGGUACUUGGACGGAUCCAAGAACUUCUGCUUCUUGCCUUGCAUUAUCGUCGGUGGGGUGCCGGACGGUUGAGGGAAUGCAGCGCCCUCGGCGCUGUUUUCUGACCGAAGCCGCCGCCGCCGUCGUCGUCGUCGUCGUCUUCGUCGCCGUCGCCGCUGCUGCCGUCGUCGUCGUCGUCUUCGUCGUCGUCCCCAGCUGGACCAGCUGGCCGCGCGGCUGGAGAAGCUCGAGCAGGGCGUCGAGGAGCCGCGGCAGCACCCUCGGCAGGCAGGCCGAGGAGCGCCUGCGGAGGCUGGAGUCGCGGGCCGAGGCCGCUGAGGAGUUGGGCAGGGCUCAGCAGGAGCUGCUGGAGAAAGGCAGGCGGCACGAGCUGCGGCUGGCGGCCGUGGCCAAGGUGGCGGACGAGGCCCUCGCCGCCGGGGCGCACGCGGAGGAGUUCCUCCAGCGCUCCCAGCGCCUGCUUGAGCAGCUCGAGACCGACCUCCGCGCCUUCGUGCAGGGCAGCGUCGAGGCCCUGGAGGGGCGGCUGGCGGCCACGGCCGGGGAGGUGGGCGCCCUGGCCUCCUCCGUCAAGAGCAGGGACCAGGGCCUCGAGCGGCGGGUGGCCGACGCCGCCACGGAGGUGGCGUGCCUCCAGUCCGCCCUGCGCGCGCAGGACCGCUCCCUCGCCGAGGCGCGCGCCGAGGCGCGCGCGGGCGCCGGCGCGCUGGCCGACCAGCAGGAGCGGCUGUCCACGGAGCUGCAGGCCGCGGUGCAGGCGCUCUCCUGCCGCGUCGAGCGCGGCGGCGCGGCCGCGCUGCGCGCCGCGGAGGACGCCGUGGCCCAGCGGAGCGCCGACCGCGCCGAGAUCCUCGAGCUGAGGUCGGGCCUGGACGCGGUGGUGCGGGAUGUGAAGGGGCGGGUCGAGGAGCUCGAGCUCAGCAUGGUGGAGGCCCGCUCCAGCGCCUCCACGCUGGUGGCGGCCUUCGGGUCCCUGGCCCCGCGCAUCGCCGCUGGCGCCCCGCCGCCCGCAUCGCCCCCGUCGGCCGCAGCGGCCGAGCCGGUGGCGGCGCGGCAGGGCUCGGUCCAUCUGGCGUCGCCCCCGCCAGCUGCCCCCGCCGUGUCCUGGCCGCGGUGAGAGAGGGCGCCAGAAUCAAAUUCGCCUUCCUCCUCUUGCC